GUUGAAUUUGUGUUGUAUCUCUCUAGGAGCUUUUGAGGUUUCCUAAGCUCCAUGAUGCCAUAGUAGAAGUGGUCACAUCCCUCCUCAGGAAAAGGUUACCAGUCACCAAUGAGAUGGUUCAUAACCUGGUGGCCAUCGAGUUGGCCUACAUUAACACCAAACACCCUGACUUUGCUGAUGCCUGUGGCCUCAUGAACAACAACAUAGAGGAACAAAGACGUAACAGAAUGAGAGAGCUGCCCUCGUCUGUUCCUCGGGAUAAGUCCUUUAAGGGCCCAGGGGGUCAGUCUCUCUCCCCCACUGAUCUUCCUCCCCCAGAAGGAGAAAGACCCAAGGUGUGUCCCUGUGUCACUCAAUGCCUGUCUGCAUCCUACCUCAACCAGGGUUGGGCUUCAUUUCAAUUCAGUUAAUUUAGGAAGUUAACUUGAGGUAAAAUUGGCAGUCGUCAAUUCAGAACUAAUUCAAAUGGAAUUGCCCUUGACCCCAAGCCACCCUCAUUCUUCCUUGACCUCAAGCCACCCUCAUUCUUCCUUGACCUCAAGCCACCCUCAUUCUCCCUUGACCUCAAGCCACCCUCAUUCUCCCUUGACCUCAAGCCACUCUCAUUCUCCCUUGACCUCAAGCCACUCUCAUUCUCCCUUGACCCCAAGCCACCCUCAUUCUCCCUUGACCUCAAGCCACCC